UGGACAAUUUACGUUAAAUAUUUAAAAAAUAAAUCAAGAUUCAUAUAUUAUAUAAUAGAAUUUUUAUAAAAAUCAUCAUAUUUUUGGUAUUUCAGAUGGACAUGGAUAAAAUGGAUAGUAAAUAAGUUAAUUUAUAUUAGAAAACCUAAAAAUUAGUUUUUAAUAAAAUAUCGAAAAAAAUCCAUAGAACCCUUCUUAAGGAUUAAAAAGUGCCUUUUUUUCCACAAACUAAAGUUUACUCUAAAAUUCAAAUAUAAAUAGUGAUUUUUCAGGAUCAACUGCUAUAUUUCUAUACAUGAAUUCCAACAAAAUAUACACGGCAAAUACAGGAGACUCCAGGGCUUUUAUAGCCUCAACUAUUGAAGGCGAAUGGAAAGUUAAAGAACUAUCCAAAGACCAUAAACCUGACGAUGAAAAGGAAAAACAAAGAAUUUUAUAGAAUGGAGGUCGUGUAGACUUCUAUAAAAACGAAGAUUCAAUUCCUAUAGGACCUUAUAGAGUUUGGCUUAAACAUGAGAAUGUUCCAGGACUUGCUAUGUCGAGAUCUUUUGGUGAUAAAGUGGCUUCUUCAGUGUGUUUUUUAAUGCCUUGUUUUCUAUUUAUAGAAAAUACAUUUUAUAAUAACCAAUAUAAUAUAGAUAUUAAAAAUCUUUGCAAAGACUUUUUACAUAUACGAGACGAAAAUGAAAGCCAAGAGCUAUUAUAUAAAUCUAAAACACUGAAUGAGGUCUUCGAAGAUAUUAAAAUCUAAAUAGGGAAGCCUUAUGUAUAUAGGCAUGGUAAUUAAUGUGAUCAUAUGAUAGUUUUUAAUUAAAUUAGGAUGUGGAAUACUGAUUUACCUUAAGAUAAAGAUUUAUAUGCUUUAAAUUAUUUCCUUCCUAAAAUUAAAAGAAGAAAAUGUGAAGGAUGUUUAUUAUAUUUUGCUGAUAUUGUUUGUUUUAAUGAUAAAAUUUCUAAUAAAAAUCCUGUUUAUUUUUGCGAAAAAUGCUAUAAAGAAAUACACUUAGAUGAUAACUAAAAGUUAAAAUAUAAUGAUUUUUCAUAUUAUCCUUAUUUAUAUGAAUGA